AUGGCAGCAGCCGUCAGCUCCUAUUCACCAAAUUUAUACCAUCAACAAUCGUACCUCAAUUCAACAUUAUCAUCGUUUUAUGCUGCUCAAUUUAUUCCUAACAACUAUUAUAGACCAAAAUCACAAAAGCAACAAGAACAACAACAAAAACCUCGGACACCGACGCCGACAAAAACAACUGAAAAGGUUGAUUCCAAUAUUCAACAAUUACGUCCUCGACGUGAACCUCGCAUUCGUCGGCAAGUAAUUGUAUUGCCAACACCGGAGCCUAUCUAUCGACAAGUACGACAUCGAUUGCCAACACCUGAACGACAAGUUAUUCAACGAACAGUUAUUCAAAAAGCUAACGGCGAUGUUAUUGUUCAACAGCAACGACAUAGAAAGAACAUAAGAAGUCAUAGUCUUUCAGGACCUAUUACACAAAUAGGCACACAUCGUGUACCACAAGUUAAAAUCGAUUAA